AUGGCCUAUGUAAUCCCUGAUAUCAAGACCAGGGACCUAAGCAGAUAUUAUGGCCUAGAAUUGGUUACAUCUUCUCUAGAGAAAAAGGCAGAAGUUACGAAAGACAAACCUGGGCAGGAUUCCACUAGUGAGCGUGUAGCAACACCAGAAAUUGUGGAUUCUAUUUCAGCAAAAACAAUGAAUCGUGAGCAAAAAUGCCAUCUUCGGCCAUCUGCUGCUUAUGAAAUUGCAGCAUCAGCAGCAGUUUAUGUCCAAUCCCGAACUAAGGAUGACCACCAAGAAGAGGAGGAGAAGAGCUCUUCCCACCGAGUUUCCAAGUCUGUAAUGGCAGCAUCUGUAGCAGCAUCAACAAUGACAGCAGUGAUUGCUGCCGAUGAUAAGGAAAAACAGGAGGCCGCAAGGGACCUACAGUCACUUCAUUCCUCACCAUGUGAAUGGUUUGUUUGUGAUGAUUCAAGCAUAUACACUCGUUGUUUUGUUAUCCAGGGCUCAGACUCAGUGGAAUCAUGGCAAGCAAAUCUCUUUUUCGAGCCCACCAAAUUUGAAGGAACAGACGUGCUCGUUCACAGAGGAAUUUAUGAAGCUGCAAAAGGGAUUUAUGAGCAAUUCAUGCCAGAAAUAAUGCAACAUUUGAAUAGAUUUGGUGAUCGAGCCAAACUUCAAUUUACUGGCCAUUCUCUUGGGGGCAGUCUUGCUCUUCUAGUCAACUUGAUGCUAUUCACAAGGAAGGUAGUCGAGCCAUCUGCUCUUCUUCCAGUGGUCACUUUUGGAUCGCCGUUUGUCUUCUGUGGCGGCCACAAAAUCCUUGAUGAGUUGGGGUUGGAUGAGAACCAUGUUCAUUGUGUGAUGAUGCAUAGAGAUAUCGUCCCAAGAGCAUUCUCCUGCAACUACCCCAACUACGUUGCCCAAGUCCUCAAACGCUUGAGUAGAACCUUUCGGUCCCACCCUUGUCUAAAUAAGAAUAAAUUAUUAUACUCGCCCAUGGGGAAAAUUUUUAUCCUCCAGCCAGACGAGAAGUCAUCUCCACCUCAUCCUUUACUUCCUUCCGGCAGUGCCCUCUAUGCCUUGGAUUCUACCAACUGCUCCCUUGCAAAGAUUGCUUUUAGAGCCUUCUUAAAUUCUCCCCAUCCCCUUGAGACUCUAAGUUACCCGACAGCAUAUGGUUCUGAGGGUACAAUCAUUAGGGACCAUGAUUCAAGCAACUACCUGAAGGCAAUGAAUGAAGUUAUAAGACAACACAUAAGGCAGGUCGACAAGAAAGCAAGUAAACAGACAAACCAAUUGUGGCCCCUGUUAACAUCCCAAUCACCACAUAUGUGGAGCCACAAACGCAAUAUAGGAGACAGGACGAUGACAGAGGAAAUUUUGACUGGCGUCUAA